UCUCCGGCGGCCAGGAAGAGAAAGCUCGUCCCUAACGGCCCCCAGGCGAAGGGGAAGCAGUCCUCCAGCAGCGAUGACAGCUCCAGCGAGGAGGAGAAGAUGCCCCCAGCCAAGAAACCAGCAGCAGCUGUGCCCAAGGCAAAAGCAGUUCCUCCAGCCAAGAAAGCAGAGAGCAGCAGCGAGGACUCCAGUGAUGAUUCAGACUCAGAGGAGGAGAAGAAGCCAGCAAAGAAAGGUGCAAAACCUGUGGUGAAGCCAGCUGGAACCAAAAUCCAGCCUCAGAAGAAAGCAGAGAGUUCCAGCUCUGACUCAAGCAGCUCAGAUGAAGAAGCACCAAAGAAACAGCCUCCAAAACCAGCAACACCGAAGCCAGGAAGUAAAGCUGCCCAGGCGGCCACCAAGGUGGUCAAUGGAAAAGGAGCAAGCAGUAGCAGCAGUAGUGAAGAGUCAGACAAGGCAAAGGCUCCACCAAAGAAGACUGUUCCCAAGAAAUCACCUCUGCCUAAACCUGCAGCCAGUCAAGCACAUCCUGGGCAAAACAAACAUGCCAAGGAAAGCUCCAGUAGUGAGGACUCAUCUGACAGCUCAGAUGAUGAAAAGCCACCUGCAAAACAGAAGCCAAAAUCAGGUCAGUACAGCGCUGUACCACCUCCUCAAGCUGCACAGGUGAAGAAGGCCCUUGCCAAGGCUCCUCCAAAAAAGGCUGAGAGCAGUGACUCUUCAGACAGUAGUGAUGAGGCAGAGCAGGUGCCCCCAAAAGGAGGAGCAGGCAAAGUAGUAGUAGCCAAAACAGUCCCUGGCCUCAAAAACAAAUCUGUGACUACUAAGAAGGCUGAGUCCAGUUCUGACAGUGACUCAGAUUCUAGCUCUGAAGAGGACAAGAAGAAGGCAGGGAGUAAGCUCCCAGCUAAACCACCUGUGAUAAAGAAUACUUCCAAACCAGCAAAAGUACCUGUCAAGCCUGCACAAGGGAAGAAAGACUCCAGUUCCUCUUCAGACAGCUCAGAAUCUGAUGACUCUGACAAGAAGGCUCCUGUGAAGCCCACAACUAAAGCACCAACCCUUGCUGGGAAGAAGCCACAAGCUGCCACAAAGAAAGCACAAAGUAGCUCUGAUUCAGAUAGCAGCUCCAGCAGCUCUGAGGAUGAGAAGAAAAAGAAGAAAGGCACUCCAGCUAAAUUAGCUGGCAAAGUGGCCAAACCUACCCCAGCUCCCAAAUCGGGCACUUCUGACUCUGAUAGCUCAAGCAGUGAAGAGGAAAAGAAGCCAGCAGCGAAACCAACCACCAAAUCUACAGGGGCAGCAAAAGCAGCUGUGGGGAAGAAAGCAGCUGCUUCUAGUAGUAGCAGCUCCUCUGAUAGUUCCAGUGAAGAGGAUGAGAAGCCCAAAAAGACGGGGAAGGUGGUACAGAACAGUUCUAAGGCCGCUGCAUCUACAGAGAAAGCAAAAGCAGCCACGCCAGCAGCAAACAACCUGAAGUCUAAGCCAGCUGAUGGCAGCAGUAGCAGCAGUGAAAGCAGCUCUGAAGAAGAGACUGGAAAAGUCAAUGGAGGCACGACCAAGAAGAAACACAAGAGGGAAGAUGUUCAGGAGCCAGCGACACCACACAGUAAAAAGGCAAAGAUCAAAGCUAAAACCCCACACACAUUUCCAAAGGUGAAACAGGUGACCUCUCCAUUCCGACGUGUAAGGGAAGAAGAGAUCGAGCUGGAUGCCCGUGUUGCUGACAACUCAUUUGAAGCAAAGAAAGGAGCAGCUGGGGACUGGGGUGAGAAGGCUAACAAUAUCCUGAAGUUCACUAAAGGCAAAUCUUUCCGCCGUGAGAAGACAAAGAAAAAGCGAGGCAGCUACCGUGGGGGCACUAUAUCCACCCAAGUCAAUUCUGUCAAGUUUGAAAGUGACUGA